ACUGCUGACUGGCUGACUGGCAGACACUGACAAAAUGGCUUCCAUCCGGCGGACUGACAUAAUGCACAAACGACUGUCGAAAGGGCGUCCCGCAAAGAACGAAAGAGACAGGAUAAUCAAACGCCAGGAAGCCUAUAAAUGGAGGGACGCUAGACGUGUGUAUUUGGCAGAUUCUUUCGAUCGGUGGAGGAAACUUAGAUCAACACUAAAACUCAAAGAUUCGAGCUUGGCAUGGCAUUUGAUGGAGGCUCACGAAAAAGGCCAGUGUGCAUCUUGCGCGAAAAGUCUUGCUUCCAAUGCUUCAAGCCAUACAGACAUCAGAAUGAAAUUUCCUGAAAAAAGUUUCUUGCCUGCACUGAUAGCGUCUAUCAGACAGCUCUGCCAUACACACUUCAGCUUUGAUGAAUGCAUAGAAAUAGUUGGUUUGCUUUGUUUAGAAGUAGAUAAGAAGAAAAAGGAGAACUUCAGUGUUAACGAACUUGUCAAAACUGGCAUAAAACCGGCUCUUCCAAGUUACAUAUCCAAGAGUCACUAUGGUGAUGCGAGUAGCAAUGUUGGUGUGGAUUCAAGUAAAACAUCUUCCAUGGGCUUGUCCACUGUUCCUCUGCUUACCCAGGAAGAAACAGAUUCACCAAAUUGUUGUUCUGAGAAAAUUAAAGCCACAGAGUUCAACAUGGGAUCAUCUCAUGUGUCAAUAGAAUCCAGAGAGGAUUGUCACAAUGAUCAACCACAAGAAAGUCUUACUGAUUGCACUGGCGAUCUCAAUGCUAGUGAAAUGGAAUAUGAGUCUGUUCAAGACUUAAGUUCAUUGUCAGCUGACUUGGAUACCAAAGAUUCAAUCUCUGCAGCUCAACUCGAAACGGAAACUUUUGAUAAGAAAGAUGUUAUUUGUAAUGGAUUAUCCUCUGAAACUUCUACACCGAAAAAUGAAGGGAGAGAAGGCUGUUUUGCUGGAUCACACCACAAUCUAGCGAGUAAUACAUCUGUGCAAAAUAAUGCAGUAGAUUCAUUUAUAAAUACUAGUACUAACUCAGAAUCUGAUCCAUCUUUUGAAAUUGAUGUUGAAAAUACAGACACAUCUCAAGAAAUUAGGGAUACUGAUGAUAAGAACAACAGUGAUUCUUUGAAUCAUAAUAAAGUUGUGUGUUCUAGUCUGGUGUCACAUUCACUUUCAUCUAGAGUGGGCGACUUAUCGGCCAAUGAUGAGUGUAUUGUUACGAAAUCUCCAGAAGAUACUUUGCCAGACAAAGCCUUUCAUCAUUCAUCCCAUAAUUUCACUGUAGGGAAUGUGGAGUUAUCAACCAACAGGAAAAAUUUGGAUGCAACACAAACAGAACAUUUUCAGUGCUAUGCAAACGACCUGAAGACUCAUGAAGUGGAGGAGAAACACCCUGUCCAAGAAGAAAGUCAAAGUAAAGAAGGGCCGCUAGAUAUGUCAGUGUGGCGACCUGAUAUCAAGCAUGAGGUGGGCAUGGAUCUCAAGCAUGAGGUUGGCAUGGAUCUCAAGCAUGAAGUUGGCAUGGAUCUGACAAGUGACAGGAUGCGAGUUACCAGUACUUCAGUCUGUUCAACUAGUUCGGAAAAAAGCAGCAGAGGAAAUUUUGAUUUCAACCUCCCAUCCAGUAAGAGGAAGCUGAAUGAAGCCUUCUGUUCUCCUCAUCCUGUUCAAAGCAAAUCCACCAAGCUCAAAGAGGAACAUCAUGUCAGCAUACCGUGGCAGAGAAGGGACAUGUCUCGGAAAGAAGAAUAUGAGUUUUUGGAAUUUAACCCUUUCUGUGACCUAGCUGAGUUCAGCCAGCGCUAUCCUCAUGUACACCAGCGUACAUAUUACCGAUGGAAAAGAAGAAUCAAAGAGGAGUACAUUAUUUUAGAGCAAUGUCCAGAAAUGAGCUUUCAGGAAUUUAGCAGUGUUGUGCUUCAGGCAAAGGAGUCAGUAUUUCAUUUAUGGAAGAGAAUGAUUUCUCAGGGUAAAGGGUUUUAUGCACCCUCUGACUCUUCAAAAAGACUUGAGGCUAAGAAUGUGCUACCUGCAAAAAGUAGUGAAUAUUCUGCCAUCCAAAAAAACCUGUCCAUGAGUUAUGAACUCUUCUCACAACAAUUCCCAGGAGUCUCUGUGGAGGUCUUCAACAGCCAUAAGCAGAAUGCUAUGCAAGAGUUUUGGAUGUUUUACCAGAAUCAGCACAUGAGUUACAAAGAUUUUUCAAAAAUUGUCUCUGUCACUGAGGAUGUUUUCAAAUCCUGGAAAGAGUAUGUUGAAGCUUUAAGACUGAGCUCUCUCUCACAGAAUAUGAAAAGUAAUUCUAAUCCCAGCUCUCCAAAUUCUCAAACUACUACAACUGCAUUUCAGUCAACAAGCAAGUCCAGUUCUGUUUCUUCAAAUGUGCAGUAUGAGACUUCAAAGGGCCUAUUUGGUUUAUUGGGUGGGAAUUCUGGGUCAAAGGAUCCACUUUCUACUACGGCUCACUCUCUGAAUCCCUCUUUGGCCGAUACAGUUGCGAGAAGCUUGUCAGCAAGCUACCUGGCAUCACUUCAGAAUAUGAUGUUCCCGUGGCAAAGUUAUUACGGUUUGACCUCCCCUUUGAAUCAGCAGAUGUUGCCAAUGAUGCUGUGGCCCAGCAUGAUGGGUCUCACAGGAGGCAUCGGCAGCCACCUUGGUCUUCUUCCUGGUCCACAACCAUCCAAACUGCCCAAAACUAGUCCCAUCCCCGGAGUGACUGCUGGUCCUGUUGGGAGCCUUGUGAAUCCUGCAGAGUCUGAUAAAGCUAAUAUAGCCACAGAUUUCCUGCCCAGCCAAACCCAUGAAGAGCAACAGGCAGGCGUGUCUAAAGACAUGCUUGACCAGACCAGAUGCAAUGUCUCUUUUGCCAGCAUAAGUGAGAGAAGACCAGAUCUGUCUCAUGACAGAGAUGAUGUAGAUGGUUCACAUUCUUGGAGUAGGUCGAGGAAACAAAAUAAGCAAGAGUACAUUUAUUAUUUGAAAAAUCCAGAAUUAUGUUUCAAAGAAUUACAAGGUUUAUUUCCCUUGAUUUCUUUAAGAACAUUUUACAGGUGGCGGAAAGAAAUCAAUGCUGCAUUUUUGUUACUGGAAGACAACAAGGACAUGACUUUUCAUCAGUUUCAGUUAGUUUUCCCAGACAUCCCUGAAUCUAUUUUUGAAUCUUGGAAAGACAAAGCUGCCAAAGGUAUGCCUAUGAAUUUUACUCGGGACAGUCAAACUGAUAUAACAUUGGGCAACCAUGAACUUGCUGGAACUUCGUCAGAAAAUGUAAUCAGUUCUGAAAAGUAUGGCGGUUUUAGUACAUCUCAACUUGAUGCAGAGCGAGAUUUGACAGAGGACUCAAAUCCAAAACCACCCUCGCCAAAGCUGUUUGAGUCUACAUAUUCAGAUGAAGGUGCACACAUCAGAAAAUACAAUAAAGAAGAAUACAUUUAUGUUCAGAGAAACCCAACCAUUGAUUUUGCAUCUUUUUCUAAGCUAUUUCCUGCCAUAUCUGUACGAAGCUUCUAUCGAUGGAAGAAGGAACUGAAAGAUGCAAUUGAUUACCUAAAGGAAAACCCUGAUAUUGAUUUUGAGGAGUAUCGAAAAAUAGACUAUACAAUUUCAGAAGAUGUUUUCAAUACCUGGAAAAGCCACGUCCACGAAGAUGAUUUUAGAAACACCUCAGAGAAUGCACUGUCUCCAUCUGUGAAAGAGAACAGAAAGCUGAAUGGCCCUGAGUAUUGGUUUCUCCAAAUGAACCCUUACACUGAGUUUUCGCAGUUCGCACGAACAUAUCCUGAGGUUCCAAAGAGAACUUUUUAUCGAUGGAAGAGAGAAAUCCAGCAGAUUAUGAGCUAUGUUCGCUCUCAACCUAAUGUCCAGUUCUCUGAAAUAUCAUCUGUCCUCCCUGAAGUGACCCAGGAUGCUUUUGCCAAAUGGAAGGAAAUUAUUGAACAUGAGACAAAAGUCAGCAUUAGCUCAAACUCUCUGAAAGAAGAAGAGUCUGCAGACAGUGUUCCAAAAAUUGAAGUUGAUGAACAAACAAAGUCUGAAAUGACCAAAGCCUUGCUCCACUUAAUGCAUCAUCCAACAAUUUGUUAUAGAGAAUUUAAAGAGAGCUUUCCAUUUGUUUCUGCUAAUACAUUUGAACUCUGGCUCAAUAGAAUACGAGCUGUUGUUGUCAAUAUUGCUUCAAGCCCUGGUGUUGAUUUUGAAACUUUUAGUGAAAGUAUUAAAGAUGUUGGUGAGGACAUUUUCAACAUAUGGAAAGGUUUAAGCAAAGAGGAUAUUGCUGCUAUGGAUUUUAGUCCUGAAGACUUUGACCGUCACCAAGAUUCAGAGUCUGAAGACCGGUCUACAGAUGUUCCCAACUUGAAAGCUAACCUGUCUUUCUCUGAAGCAUUUAAAUUUUGCCAAAAGUACCCUGAUAUUCAUUACUCUGGAUUUUCUCAAACUUACCCAGAUGUCUCAGAAGAAGUCUUUUCAGACUGGAUGGAGAAGAUAACACAAGCAAAACAAUUUACCUUAAGGCGUAGGCAACUCUCGUUCAGUGAAUUUUCAAGCAUUUUCCCUCACAUUACCGAAGAAGUAUUCAAAUCCUGGAAGGAAUGCUCAAACCCAAAGCCAGACAAUCAGACACAUCCAUCCCAGCAAACCUCCUCCCUGUCUUGCAUUGUACAAGAAGAGUUGAAGCCAUUUAAAAACCAAGAUGAUGAAGAGCGAAUAGAUUGUUACAAUACAAGUAGAGGGGAGAUUGUGUUUCCUGGGACUGAGCAGGCUUUGGAAAAACUGAAAUCCUUACACCCUCUUGAUAGUCGGGAGGAAUCUUCUCUCAGCAGACUGGCGAAGUUUGCAGAUUAUAGUGUUCGAAAGUAUUCAGAGGCAAAGGAAAUCUCGGCACCCUCGCUGAAUAUGACUGAAAGGGAUACUCAGUGCAAAGUUAACAAUAAUAACGUCGAUCGUCUUGAUACUUUGUCUAGUAUGGAAAACAUACUCAACGUGCCUGCCACUUCUUCUAGCUAUGAAACCCUGCCAGGCUCCACUGGCAGGCUAACACAUGGCUUACUCUCCGCAUCUGUUGAUGAUAUUACGGGGUCAGAGAGUAACUCAUUGUCUGCUCUUAUUGCCAUGUCCAAGGACAGGCCCCCGCGAACGACAGAUCAGCAGAUGCCAGUGAAAAGAGAUAAUGUGAGGAACGCUGCCACUCCUCCAUCAGGACCAGGGCAUUGGACUCUGUCAAAGUCCUCUGCCCUUAAGGAUGAAGAUGAAGCGUACUCUUCGCAACGUCAAAAGAAAAUGAGCCGUGCAGAGUACAUGUAUGUGAAAGACAAUCCUGAUGUUGAUUCGCAAGAGUUCUCUCGCAUUUUUCCUGGCGUAUCUGCCAGGACGUUUUACAGAUGGAAGAAAGAGAUCCGAGCCCAGUUACAGUUGGCUUGAAAAUACUUGUUACUUAUCUUUGUUGACAGUAGGGGAGUGUUUUCUCUCGUAGUUUGUAUUCAUUUUAAUGGACUUUAUUUUUGGUCUUAGGUUUUAUGUUUUUUUGUGAUAAUGAUGCAACUGCUGGUGACAACUUUAUCAUAGAGUCCAUGCUUAUACUGACCUUUUGAUGUAAAUGAUACAGCUGCAUUUUUCUUUGCAAUAUCAUCACCAGUCGUGUUCUGAGAAUCUUUACAUUACGAAAUAAUUUUUUUUAAUGGGAAGGUGCUAUCAGCUAUAUUGCACUGGUAGGCACAUGAUUUGAGGGUAUUGAAGUAUUUUACCAUUUCUGUGUAGACUGUUGAUUUUUGCAUAAAUACAUGCUGUUGUUACUAAGCCUCUGUUGGCAUGCUGAUUAUGUUACAUAAUGGCUUUGCUUUUGUUGUGACUUUUAUUGGUUCAUAUGUUUUUAUGGCCUUAGCAACCAAUCUGGAUUUUUAAAAAGAUUAUUGCCUGCUCUGAAUUAUGGUAUUCCCAGAGCAUGCAUUAACUCAGAAUGUUCCUAUACAUUUCUCAGCAUCUCCACAAACUUGUAAUAAAAAUUAAUUGACUAAGAAAUGUACAAUGUACAAAGAGACCAAAAACAUGCAGUAAAACUGUUUACAUUCAAGGAAAUGGUGGUGUGACUAGUCUUUAAGUCUCUCAGCAUUUGUUUUGUUUUUUUUUGUUUUUAGAGACAAAUGCAUGUAGCAAACUUGUCUUCUUUGAAUGUAUUUGGUAGAAAAGUUAAAUGAUGGACCAUUUUGAAUGUAAUUUUUAAAAACAUACUACUACGUGACAUAAUGAUAAUGUUUUACAGUCAUAAAUUUACUGUUGUUUUUAUUUCUGUUGUUAUACUUUCUUCAAAUUGUUACUAUAUGUGUACAAAGUGCAUAAAGGCCUGAAAGGACCAUAUGUUGAAUAGUUUCUAUUGCUGGCUUCCAAUUUUGAAAUAUAAGGAUGUUCUAGAUGUCCUUAGCUUGCUGCUGAGGAAAAUUAUGUGAUUGUAACCAAAACAAAUUUUUACAAAGUUUUAUGCUAAAAUGAUCUUAUUUGUUUUGACGUCAUCACUUUGUGGUGCUGUUUAACAAAACUUGGCAGUAUUUUUUGCCAACUGUUAUCUUCCAUUUGUUGUUGCAUGGAUUUUUGUAAGUUUGCAGUUGCCUGAAAUACUUUACAGUUCAAAGAGUUUCAGGUUUUGAUAGAAGUUAUUGUCUUCUUCCAAUAGAAUAUUGUUUAAGCUUUUGUUUUUUAGUGAUAAUGCAAUAGUUUUCAAAGUUGAUUGUGGACCAGACUUCACUUCGUGGGAACAAAGUUGGAAAACUGAUGAGCCAAUCAAAUGUGCCUUAUUUUUAUUUGUAGUGAAAUUUUUUUACGUUCAGUGGUUUUUACCAGCAGUUAAAUAUAUUCCAUGGAAUUGAUUAUGCAUAUUUAUUAUUACUGCUAAUAUGGAGAUCUAGUAUUUUUCUGAUAUGGUCUGCAGAACUGGCCAUAAUUUCAAGUUGUUUUGAUGAUGGCAUUGGAGAUGCAGCAAGAGAUCGUUUUUAGUUGGUAGCGUAUAAUAUGAAUGAAUGGACACAGGUUUGUCCUGCUCCCCCCCCCCCCCCCCCAACACACACACAUAUUUUUUUUUGUUGGGUUGUUGUUGUUUUUCACACCAAGGAAACAAUGGACCUUUGUUCACUUAUUAUUUAAAAUCCUUUUUAGAAAGUUCAAGCAUUUACCACUUAAAUAGAGCACAGAAACGUCAAAGCUAUAAAGAUUUUGGCUGUUUUGUUGGGGGUUUUUUAAAUACAGGUUAUUGUAGUUGAAAAAAAUUUCAUUUGUUACUAUUGUACUUAAAAUGAACUUCUUAGCGGCGUACUUUAAUGUAAUCCUAGACCAUUGUUUUUCUCUGUUGAGGGUCUGUUUAAGGUAGUGUCCAAUAAAGGUUGUAUUUUAUUGGGAUGGCCAGAAAUGGUGUGCAGUAUUCAUAUCAUGUUCUUUUUCUCACUGUAACAUAUUGAGUAUUUGAUUCAUUACAUUCAUAAUUUAAAAGUUCAGGAUAGCAUCUCAUAUGAUUAGUUCUCUUCCAUGUUCAAGAAUUAAAUUUGUGGAGCAAAAUGCAAAUAUAAAUAUAUACAGCUAUCAAUCAUGUGUGUGAAAAAUAUUGGACUUUGCUACCUUUUUGUUAUUUUGUCAGACUUGUGUGUUUGCGCACUGGUAUUUGAUUGUUUGCUACUACCCAAGCAGUAUCUUUUAAGUUCCUUUGAACUGAAGCCACAGAUAAGCAAUUCGCAAUAAUGUUAUAACCACAUUCUGAAUAGUCUAGUCAAGUCUUACAGCCUAGAUUUCCUAGAUCAGUGUGUGUAUACUUUCAGUUGUGAAACCUUUGUGCAAUGUUUGUUUGCUCUUCUCACCCUUUGUGUUUGCUUGAUGAUACAGACAAACUGAAUUUGCUGAUAUAAAAUUUUUUUUAGAAAGAUCUGUGUGGGAUGUCAGUCGUUCUUUUUAUUUCACCUUUUUCCCCUAUUUCAAAAAGCAGUUGUUUUGUAUUGUAGUCAUUUUUCUCCCUGAUAAUUUUCAAAAAUUGUGGUGCAUAUUAUAGUUGCCCCUCGGAGUAGUCCUGCCAGAAAAGUGUUCCAAACAUCGGGAAUUGAUGUAAAAUCUUUUAUGAUAUGUGGUUUGUAUUGCCAUCAUAUUGCAGUGAAUACUUUAGAAAAAGAAAAUUUUCAGGUAUUUUUCUGUUGAAAUAUUUUUAUUUCAGUAUUUGUAUUGUUUGUAUAACUUGCUUUGCACAUAUAUGAGACAAAAAUGGGAAAAUGUAUAAUUUGUUUCUGAACUUUGAUUCUAGAUAUUCUUGGAUCCCAAAGUAAUUGAUAUACAUGCUCUUUUUACUCGAACAUAUUUAGCCGUUGCUGCAGCCUAAAGUGAAACAAGUUUGCAUAAUUCAAAGCAUUAUAUUUUUAUUCUUUUCUUUUUUGGGUAGUCAAGUUUUGGGGGUUGGCUUUUGUGCACUAUAGAUGUUUUAAAUGUGGAACUGUUUCAGUUCCUUGGUUCCUAUGAUGAUUUGCAAUAAUUUCCCCGUUUUUUAAAUAAAAUGUAUAAACAAGACCGAAAACACCAUAUAAUAUGCAGGAUGUGGAAAUGCUUUGAAGCAUUAUUAGACAGGGUGUAAGAUUAUCUAUUCCACAGAUCAGGGGGAAAUAGCUAAUAAAUAGUAACAUGGGCAGAGAAAUGGUAACUACAAAUUUUGAUCACUCUGUCAAGUUGAAGUUAUGCACAGAAGUAAUGAGAGUAAUUAAAGUAUAAAUCAUAAAAAGUAGUGCGAGUAAAAGUAGAUGUACCAUGAGUGGCUUGGUUCUGCUUUUUUGGGUGAAGGUUGAAGGGUUUCUUGCAGAGUCUGAAGUAUCAUUCUUUAAUAAAUGUAUUUGCCCUAGUCUAUGCAACUUUUUUUUCCAGGUACUGCCAAUACACUCAUUUUGCUGUAAACAUAUAUUUGCUUGUUUGAAUGUCAUUUUAUUCCUCUUCCAAAGUACAUAUGCUAAUAUCUCUUGUUUUAGAGUAGCUGUCUUUUAUGUGGGGUUUUUGACCACUGAUUGUUUUCAACUAAUCUCUUUUUGUUUUAUCUAUGUUUACGUCUUGCAGGUAUUUACUAUUUAGGGUGUGCUAUGACAAAUUUUAACCAAAAAAAUUUUUCUUUUCAAACAUUGACCCUCUGGCCAGCUACAGGUAUUAUAAUGUAAUAAAAGAGAUAUUCUCACCUGUAUUAUUUGCUCAGGGCUGAAUACAUAAUAUUUAGGUUCUUCAAGCAAAGCUAACUGGUUAGCAGCUAUACAUAUUUUGUUACACCACCCUGGAAUAUAGUUCUCGUGGAAUCCAGUUAUGCUAUAUAUAUAUAAACUGUCAGAGCUGUAAAUUGCAUUCUUUCUUCAUUGUGGGCACUGUUUUGUGCAAGUUAGUUUGAUCAUAUGUGUGGAGUGGAUUGUCCCACUAUGAACUAGGGGAAACUCUUGCAAUUUGGUUUAAUUUUAGCUAUACUACCAUGCUUGCUGUUAUGUAUCAGUAGGGCCUACAUUUUUUUUUCUCCUGUUAUUGAUCUCAACUUUAUUUUUUGUUUUUGUAGACAGUGGAUUUAACUGAGGUGAAGUGUCUUUCUCUUCACUUUUAGGGUAAAUGGUUGUUCACUGUUAUUAUGUUGAUACAGUUGUUUUGAUGCUAAGUGUCUAUAAACAUAGAUGCCGUAAGUGUUGGUAUCUCCUUUUUGUAGCGUCAUUAAUAUGUCUGCUUUUUAGAAUUGGUUGUCUGUCAAUUCAGUCUUUCUGAAUGCUUUAUUCCUACUCUGAACAAAACAUGGGCCUGUUGUCAGAAUUUAAUCUCAAUCACAGCAGCUUAGUGCCUUAAUUUUUUUUGUGUUACCAAUUGCAUUGCCAAGCCGUCAGAACAAUUAUUGAUAAGACCAACUAGGAGAAUUUGCUACUAGUCUGACUGAAGUCUUUGUUGGUGGUUCCAUCUGAUUCAAUGAUGACAUAGUGUGCUCACAGUGAUGAGAAGGCAUGUUGCACCUCAGCCAGAAGUUUAAAGCUCUCUGGUGUCACAGCAUUAGUCUGUAGUUUGUACCAUGGAUGGUGAUGCUCAAAACAUCAGACUGAAGUACACGGAAAAAUAAAAACAGUUCGCUUGCUACUUAAUGUGGCGAUACAAUACUUGUCCCCUUCUGAAAAGCAGUAAUUUGGUUCUGUUAGUGUCACUGUGUCAUGAUACAGCAAUGGCAAAAAUACUUGACUGUUCAUGGCAACUACGUUGAGAAAGAAAUGGAAUGUUUUGCCAAUCAGCUGUGUAACUGUGUAUCUCCAUCAUGACAAAACUCUUUAUAUUAUAUUGAUAGCGAUUUUCUUAUUAAUUCUGGGACAGCCCUUGUAUACAUAAUCAUAAGUUUGAAGGUAGGGUAAAAAUCCGUGAGGCAUGUUUUAAAAAUUAAUUUCUAGUAAAAGUUCACUUGAAAAUGCUUUCCAGUGUGGUGUGUCGCCAUCUUGUGCACAUUCACUGAAGUCAUUAUUGCUACUUUAAAAAAAAACAUUUUUGGGGGGUCUUAUUUUCUUCAGUUUUUUUUCCCCAUCCCUACGUGUUACUGGUCUGGGUUUCCAAUGCUGAUUGUGCAUUAUUGUUCUUUUGUCAUUUUCUACAACUUAUUUUAACUUUUUCUAUCUGCAACUGUUGUGCAUUUAUGAUUAAUUUCACCAUUUUCUGGUGUUUACCGAAAAUAUUUGAAUGCAUCAAAUUGUCGUCAAGCUGCACUGUUUUGUUAUUCCGUCUUCAAAGUUCUAUUUAGCUUGAGAAUGUUUACACAGGUUCUUUUACGUCCUAUUACAAAAAUGAUGACAGAUUCGGAACUAUCUUAUCAAAAUAAAGCCCAAUAACUCGGGAGUGACUCUUUUUCUUGCUGUAUUUUGAAGAUCUCAAAAAAAAAA